AUGGCGUAUAUUUUUGGGGAGUUCAGCCCUGAUGAGUUUAAUCAGUUCUUUGUGACUCCUCGAUGCUCUGUUGAGCUUCCUCCAUAUAAUGAAACAGUUUCAUGUGGUAUUAAAUCUGCAAGCGAGCUUCACGACGGGGAAGACUAUCAGAGAAUUGAAUUUGGUGUUAAUGAAGUUAUUAAGACAGAGUCAUCUGUGCUGAAUAACACCGACUACAGUAUUUCAAGCACUCUGAAUCCUCAGGCUCCAGAAUUUAUUCUUGGUUGUGCGCCUACCCAAAAAACUUCCGAUGACAUCCUUGAUGAAACUAACUACAACUCCAUUGACUGCCAGUUUAGUGAUCCUGCCCUUGCUUUGGAUAGCAGUUCCAAUGCUGAAAACGAUGGGUUAUCAGGGGGCCUUGGCCAAAGGGAGCGUAAAAAAAAGAAGAAAAGACCCCCUGGAUACUACAGUUACUUGGAAGAUGUCAGUGAUGGCAUGGUUCCCACAGAGGCUCUUGUCAACGGCCAUGCAAAUUCUUCAGGACUGAAUAAUAUAAGCACAGAGGAUACAGAACUUACAGGAGACAUAGCAUCAUCAGUCACGCCAAGGACUUGUAACAGCCCAGAAAAUUCUGUGGACUUCAUUAGUGAAGCUGUGUCUGAUGAUUCUGUUUCUAGUGCACUAGAUAAUACCAGGACUGCAGGGCAGCCUGAGGUAUACAGUGUUACUAAUUCUGAACAGUUUUGCAUCCCCUCAGAGACUGGCAGGGAUAGCCCUUUAAGGACAGCUGUUGUACAGCCUUUUGCUGGUACUGAUACUACUGAGAGUCUUGGUGUUACUAAUGGACAAACACUUGAAUCCUCUGGUGAGGGUACAGCUGCCAAUGGUGUAGAAUUGCACACUGUGGAAAGCACUGACUCAGACCAAGCUAAGCCUGAGGAUGCUUCACCUACUACUGAGGCACCAGCCCCGGUUGCAGGAUCUGCCCCUGUUAAUCAGCCUACAAAAUCGUGGGCUAGUCUUUUCCACAAUUCCAAGCCCUCUGCUUCCACAUCUAUGGCCUAUGUUGAGACUAAAUAUACCCCUCCUGCCACUUCUCCUGUGGUCCCUGAAAAACAGGUUGAAGUCAAAGAGGGGCCUGUUCCAGUUGCAGAGGAUCCUGUAGCCAUAAAGAUUGCAGAAUUACUGGAGAAUGUAAAAUUAAUACAUAAACCAGUAUCUUUGCAACCACGAGGGCUGAUCAAUAAAGGAAACUGGUGCUACAUCAAUGCUACAUUGCAGGCCUUGGUUGCUUGCCCUCCAAUGUAUCAUUUAAUGAAGUCCAUUCCAAUGUAUUCAAAAUCACAACGGCCGUGCACCUCAACACCAAUGAUAGACAGCUUCAUUCGCCUGAUGAAUGAGUUCACUAAUAUGCCAGUACCUCCUAAAGCAAAACAAGCUUUAGGUGAUAAAAUUAUGAGAGACAUUCGGCCAGGAGCUGCUUUUGAACCUACGUACAUUUAUAGACUGUUGACAGUUAUCAAGUCUAGUCUGUCAGAAAAGGGCAGACAAGAAGAUGCUGAAGAAUACCUGGGAUUCAUCCUAAAUGGACUACAUGAGGAAAUGCUCAUCCUAAAGAAACUUCUUUCUCCGCAGAAUGAAAAACUCUCUGUUUCCAAUGGUCCUGAAACACAAACUGUAAAUGAAGAGGAGGAUCCGGAAGAACAAGGAGAAGGUAGUGAGGAUGAGUGGGAACAAGUGGGCCCCCGCAACAAGUCCUCGGUCACUCGACAGGCUGACUUUGUUCAGACUCCAAUUACUGAUAUUUUUGGUGGUCAUAUAAGAUCUGUUGUUUACCAGCAAAGUUCUAAGGAGUCUGCAACUCUGCAGCCUUUUUUCACUCUGCAACUGGAUAUCCAGUCUGACAAAAUACGCACAGUUCAGGAUGCUUUGGAAAGCUUGGUAGCAAGGGAGUCUGUCCAGGGUUACACCACAAAAACCAAACAAGAGGUGGAGAUCAGUCGAAGAGUGACUUUAGAAGAGCUCCCUCCUGUUCUUGUUUUGCACCUCAAACGAUUUGUGUACGAGAAAACUGGUGGAUGCCAGAAGCUGAUUAAGAAUAUUGAGUACCCUGUUGACCUGGAAAUUAGUAAAGAGCUAUUAUCUCCAGGUGUGAAAAGUAAGAUUUUUAAAGGCCAAAGAACCUACCGGCUCUUUGCAGUUGUGUAUCAUCAUGGAAACAGCGCAACUGGUGGCCAUUACACUACAGAUGUCUUCCAAAUUGGUCUUAAUGGCUGGUUACGCAUUGAUGACCAGGCCGUUAAAGUGAUAAAUCAGUACCAGGUGGUGAAGCCGUCUGCUGAACGCACAGCCUACCUCCUGUACUAUCGCCGAGUUGACCUGCUGUGAAACUUCCCUCUCUAUGCUGCGUGUGCAAGAUACCUGCUUUGUAGAACGCCAACUAUCACUAACUUUUUUCCUCCUGUAAAUGCUCUUUUGAGUGAAUCCUUUUUUUUCCCCUUGCAACUAUGGGAUAAAGUGAAAAAGGAAACUACCUUGGGGUUUGUGCACAACAUAGCUUGUGUGUUGACGUUUGACUUUAUAGAAUGAAGUCAUUUGGUUGAAAGACUCAGUCUCGUGAAUCACACAAAAUAAUUGAAUUAAGGCUGAAUCCUAAGAUAAAAAAGGGGAUUUGAAUUCGAUUCCCACCUUCUAAUUGCGUAGUAGAAGAAAACCCUGCACCAGCAACAAAACUUGUAGAUUUCUGUGAAAAUAAGUUUUAUCUUUACUUAAAGCACCCUUUGCUUCCCCAAUAGUUUUUGAUAAAUGGUAACAUGAGCCAGGGAGUAUCAGGAGGAAAUGGUCCUGUGUGCUUCAAAACAAUGUAUAAAAGUACCAAAUGCAGAGUUGCUGGUUCCUAAUAGGAAAACACAUUUUAAUAAUUGUGCGAUGAAACUGCUUAAGUACACAUUGCAGAUCAAAUAUUUGGAGUUAAGAUGUUAGUCUAUAUAGAUGGGUGAUUGUAACUUUAUUGCUAUUAAGAGAUUUCAAACUGCAUUUAUGCUUCUGUGUACAUGAGAUUUAAAAAAAAUGGGCAAAAUAAUGAAGAUAUUUCUUUAAGUCUGCUUUGUUUAAUUUUGCUGUCUGCUCUCCUAUAAUGUUGAGUUCCUAAUUGUACACAGUUUAGUGAUAUCUAGGAGUAUAAAGUUGUCGCCCAUCAAUAAAAGUCACAAAGUUGGUUUAAA